AUGUCGAAGGCGCGAGUUUAUUCCGACGUCAACGUGCUCCGCCCUAAGGAGUAUUGGGAUUACGAGUCGCUCACCGUCCAGUGGGGGUAAAUAGCCGUGGAUUGACUAGCCCUAAUUCUUGAUCCGAGCAGCCGCGGUAUUUCUGUGUCUGCCCGUUUUUUCUUUUCUCCGUUGCCUGAGAGGUGGUGUUCGGAACUACGGAUGAUGACCUAUCGAGGGUUCGGUCACGCUGUAACUCCAUAGUCUGUGAAACAUGAUUCUGUCUUUUCGGCUGGUUUUCUUUGCGAUACCCUUCGUGUCUCUGCGAAAACUAAUAAAGAGAUAUCUCCCUUUUUCUGCAUCCAGUGACUCGCGAAUUCGCGACAGAGUGUAGAUUUUCUUCAUGUUACAAGCGCAUGAUAUGGAAAAGAACACAUAAAAUAAACCCUAUGAAGGCUGAUGACCUUUUUGGUUGUUUUUUUCAUGUUUCGCGGAGAAGUCUCUGUUGCAAAAUGUUUUCUUUAAGUGAUUUAUCUCUGAUUUCUAUGCACACUUCUUUACCGUUUACAUCAUCCGUGAUGGAUUUUUUCGCAUCUUAUGUCCGCAAGCCUCAAAGUGAUUUCUUUACCGUGUUUUCUUUAAGUGAUUUUUUUGGCUUAGCCUGUCUCUUUGUGACAAAGUGAUUUUUAUCCAAAGGCGUAUGUAGGGUGUUUGGGAGAGGUGGUCAGGUGGGGUGGUUUUUGGGAUCGGAACACUUAUGUUUGAGUAUUGGGUUUUUCUGGGAUGUGGGCUCCUGCGUUUUGCGUGCCACUGAAUUUUUGCAUAUGUUCUGAUGGUGUUGGCGCUGACACUUGGUUGCAUUUUCUCGCUAAUGGAUUGGAUGGUGAUUGGUUUAGAUUCUGUUUUUUUUUUUUUUUUUGUUAACUAUAGAAGUACAAGAUCAAAUAAUGUUUUCGCUGGAGACAUGCUAUGAAAAUUUAUGUUAGUUGACUUGUCGAGCUGGUGAUAAAGAUGAGUCUACUACACUUAUGACUCAUUAGUUUUGAGUUGGAUGGCCCAAGAACUCUAACUCGGUAUCGUAGCCAAGAGCAUCAAUGCAUCCCGUUGAUGUCAUAUGCGUGAUAAAUCUUAAAUGUUGAUCCACACGUGAGUAUGCGCGUUAAGAAUAAUCUUUUCUUGAUUAUUGUAAAAAUAAAUCUGCAAUUAGAAAGAAAACCCUGCUCCACCCAUGGUCGAUUAGUUUUGAGUUGGAUGACACGAAUAUCCCGUUGAUAUUGGAUUAACCGAAGCAUGAGUCUGAUGAGACAAGUCACCUCCAUAGCAUGAUAAAUCUAUGGAACAUGAGAAAUUCUAUUUCGCAUCGUCCUUUCUUUUCAGAUGAUUACACCACUGCUUUAAUAGGCAGAAGAGAAUCUACACAACAUAGGAAACAUUCUAUGGUGCUUUGGGAGAACAUUAUUUCGCUACUAUAAUCUUAUCUUGUUAGAAGAAACAUACUCUAGAUUUAGUCACGUAAAAAAAACAUCGUUAGGCAUUUAUCGUUAUCUAAUUGUUUUUCGGUCUUUACAUGCAGUGACCAGGAUGAUUAUGAGGUUGUCAGAAAAGUUGGCAGAGGAAAAUAUAGCGAAGUCUUUGAAGGGAUAAAUGUGCCCAAUAAUGAACGUUGCAUUAUAAAGAUCCUCAAACCUGUUAAGAAGAAGAAGGUACUGAGAUAUCUAAAUACAUAUCGCAAGUUUCUUUCAUUUUAGGUUUUUACAAUUUUCUAGUAAUGUAUAAUAAUCUAUGAGCUAAUUUCCUUCACAAAAUAUUUUGUUGGUAGGUAUCUGGAUUAUUUUCUCUCCUUUCCUGCUGGUACCUUUUGGUAUCAAGGUUGUCAACUGGGUUUAUAAAUUACCUUGGAAUGCUCAGUUGUGCAAGUAGCUUACAUGAGGGUUUUGUUGAUUUCACCAUGAAAGUAAAAGCUAAAGAAUGCUACCAUGUACUUUUAAAGUGUGAUUAGUCAAUUAGACAGCAGGGUGAGGGUAAGGUCUACACCCAGAGUCAUUCUCCUCUCCAGGAAAGAGAGGGUCUAAGACUGUUCAAUGACCUAAUAACAAUAAUUCUGUCACAAUGGAGAAAAAAUGUUUCAUAUCUCAGGUUUUAUAUCAAGUUCCAUAUUACAAGAUAUGCAUAUUACUGUGAUAGACAGGUUUCAUUGUUUAAUCAUGGAAAUAACUUCUGGAUAACAUCCAUAUUAUGGAUCCCAAAAACCCCUCUACUUUGAUCUUUACUCUUCUCGUUUCUCUAUUUUUGCUUGUUAUCUAUUAUUUCACGUAUGCUUGUGGAAUAAUAUUUUCCUUUUAAUCAGACAUUCAUUGUACUUUGUCCCCACAACAUCCUGUGAGACGGUUGGGCCAAUUCUGAUUGGAUCGGCCAAUUUUCCGUCCGUGCUUUUGAUACCAGAGGUUUCAAGAGUUUUGGUGACGCUGCAGAAAAGAUUAUACUGCAUGAAAUUGUUGUGCCUAAAAUUGAAUUUUUCCUUGAAAAAUUCAUAAUGUCUCAUUUUGUAUUGAUGACCAAUUACAGCGGGAUAAAAUAAUGACAUGCCUAGCUAUGCUGACUUUUUUACCAUUGCAUCAGCAUUAAAUGAAAUGCUUAUUUCUCAUUAAAGUAAAAAUUAUAAGUUCCAUUCUGAGUGGCAAAAAGCUUCUUCUUCACAGCACGAAUGGUUUGCAAAACUUUCACGACAAUGUAGGAUUUCUUGUCUUCCUCAACCAUCUGGCUAUCUGUAUUCGUCAUUUUUCUUGCAUAACUCAUGCCCUCGUAUUCUGUACGUUCAAUUUUCGUUUUGAAUUUUAAGGUACCUUGCAACACUAGAGAUGGAUUUUAUUGAUGCGAAUCUGCUAUGUUUAUUAGAUGAAAUUGAAAAAAAUUAACAAAAUUAUUGGAAAUUGUGUUUCUUUGAACGAAUCCAUUGUGAUAAUACAUUGAUUCCAGAAUGGUUCUCUUAGACUCAAUUUGAAGGUUCUGAAGAGGGGAGGUUAACAGGCAAAGAGAGGAAGUAUUUGCGGAAAUCUUCUCUCAAAGAUAGUUCUCAAUUCGUGUCAAAUUGAUCUGUGGAGUUUAUUUAACAGAAGCCAGACCUCUGUGAUGAGGGCUUUUUUUAUUCAGUGUAUUUUUGUGUUGGCAUGAUAAACCUUCUUAACAGCUUUUUCAUAUACAUGAUACGCAUUCGAGACAUUUGUUGGAACAGAAUUAAAACAAGCUUUUUUUUAAUUUGGUUUUUACAUUUAGUUAUACGAAAUUGAUCUCCUUCAUUGUGGACUUAUGCAGAUAAAGAGGGAAAUAAAAAUUCUCCAGAAUCUUUGUGGAGGCCCAAACAUAGUGAAGCUGCUGGACAUUGUUAGAGAUCAGCACUCAAAAACUCCCAGCCUUAUCUUUGAAUAUGUUAACAGUACAGAUUUCAAAGUUCUGUAUCCCACGCUGACUGACUAUGACAUCCGCUACUACAUUUACGAACUUCUCAAGGUUUCUCUCAACCUACUUUCUUUCAAUGACGUACAUUUUUUGGUAAACUAGGAUUAAUUUAUACAUCUGAGGUGUUGCAUAUUAAUAUAUUACUAAUAUCAAUGAUCGUGUAAAUGGUCGUGUAUUGAUUGAACUCAUAAGCAUGGAGUCCUUGGGGGGGUUUUUUCUCGAUUGGGCAUUGUUUUACUUUCUGUUGAAUAGGUAGGCAGUGUUUGGUCCUCAUUAUACGUUAGGCUGAUCUGCCUAUGAAUUGUGAACCUCCCUACAUUUUCAUUUCGCAGUUUUUUUUUGGAUUUCAAUUUAAUAAACGAAAGUUGCCAUUCUUUUCUCCAGACGAAACAAUAGUAGUUAAUAACUUUACAACAUGCAUUCUCCAGGCGAUAUGAUUUGCUUUUUAUAUCACAUUUAUCCCUGAUUUAACAUUACAUGCUGAUACCUUAAUUUAACAUUAAUUUCUUCCAUGAACGAUUCUUUAUUUUUACAAUCAAUUUUCUUCUCGGGCAAACUAAUCCAGCUGUUAGUUUAACAUUAAUUUAACAUUCUGUGUUUGGCUUUUUCUAAUCCAACUUUCGUGUAUUGAGCUGGCUCCCUGAACCAUGCGGAACUGUUUCUGGCUCGCAGUUGCCCACUGUUAGUUCUAUUCUGUAGAAUUUUUCUCCUGUGAAGUGUCUCAAGACUCGAACACAGCAAAAACCUUAUGUUCAAAGAAUGAUCUCUACAAGAGCUCAGGGCAAACUUGUGACCAUUUGUUUCUUGUCCAACUCGCAUCCUGUUUUCCCUGUUUAUCCUUUUGUAGCUGACCAGACAUCAGACUAAUUCAAUGACGUAAAUCAGGGCCCCUUGUGAUUUCUGGAGUUUGAUUCUUUUGAUACUAAGAUAACACUGGCAAUUGCAGGCACUAGAUUACUGCCAUUCCCAAGGAAUAAUGCAUCGGGAUGUCAAACCUCACAAUGUUAUGAUAGAUCAUGAAAUGCGCAAACUACGGUUGAUAGACUGGGGCCUCGCUGAAUUCUAUCACCCUGGAAAGGAAUAUAACGUUCGUGUGGCUUCAAGGUACGAGCACCCAGAUCUGUGUGGCUUUAUCUCAUAUUGCCGGCUUACCACAACCCCCCUCCCCCAUUGUUAACAGGUACUUCAAAGGACCAGAGCUCCUAGUUGAUUUGCAAGACUACGACUAUUCUCUUGAUAUGUGGAGCCUCGGUUGCAUGUUUGCUGGCAUGGUAAGUGCCUUUUUUUCUCAUCCAUUGUGAGAGAAAUUGUUCUUGCCUGAAUUUAUUCUUUUUUCUGCUUAUAAUAUUGUGACGUUUUUUGUGAACUAUGAUCAUAAUUUGCAGAUAUUCCGCAAGGAACCUUUUUUCUAUGGCCACGACAACCAAGACCAGCUUGUUAAAAUCGCCAAGGUAACCGUUUGUCUUGCCCUCAUUUUAUUUCGUGUCAUUGGUACCUCAUUUAUUUCGCCUUUCUUUAGAGAUUUACAGAUGAUUUUACCAGUGAUUAUUAAUGCUUCUUUAAUGUUUAAAUGAUUUACAGCGUAUAACAUGCUCGCUCGUGUUUAUGGAUUAUAUGCUGGCUAAAAAGCAAGUUCUAAAUAUCUCCGAAAAUUGCUCUUUCAAGCCUUCAACAUCUUUCAAAUGCUAAUUCUCAGUUCCAAUAUUGACCCGAAUUUCCCUAUUUGGGAAUAAAAGAUUGCACCUUUGUAUGGAUUUCUAUAAUGUCUCGUUCAUGAUGGCAAAAACUAUAUGGAUAAAAUUAAAAAGUUUUUUUUUCUGUUUAUAUGGCAAUGAAGGCAAUUAAUUAAUAUUAUGGCCUAAAUUUAGUGAAAGUGGGCACACGUAUUUAUGAUUCCUCCAGGUGCUUGGAACAGAUGAGCUGAAUUCUUAUUUAAACAAGUACCUCCUAGAGCUCGAACCCCAGCUUGAGGCCCUUGUUGGGAGGUACGCAUCGAUGGAGCCAUCCUGGUUACCCCCCCUGAAAGCUCAUUUUCUAUGGUGGAUUCAUAUAUAUAACGCUAUAUAUAUAUAUAUUUAUUUAUUUAUUCUGCAGGCACAGUCGGAAGCCAUGGGCCAAGUUCAUCAAUGGAGACAAUCAGCACUUGGUCUCUACAGAGGUCGUAGUCCCUCUCUCUCUCUCUCUCUCUCUCUUGAAGAUCUCUCCAUGGGUUUCUUCAUUGAUAAUUAGGACAGUUCCUUUUUUUUUAAAAAGAAAUUAAGUUUUGAAAAAUGGGACCAUAAGCCCGUAUGCUAUUUAGUUGACGAAGACUCAUCAGCCCUUUGUUUCUCCAGCGGGUGUUGACUUUCUUCUAAAAAGGCCAUUAAAGACCUCGGCUGCGCAUCCUUCAAUGUCGGCUAUUAAAAAAAACCAAAAAAAUGCUUCUAUUUUAUUUAUCUUGAAUGCGGACAAUAGGCACUUGGGUUUCUUGUAUAAUCUCACUGAUGAGUUCGGAAUUGGUUUAUUGACCAAGCAAUUAGAUAAAGUCCGAGAUUUAUUUUCCUGUAUAAAAUACUUAAUGUGUUUUUUAAAUGGGCCCCCACCCUAUCUAUGCAGGCGCUAGACUUUCUGGACAAGCUUCUCCGCUAUGAUCAUCAGGACAGGCUCACUGCACGGGAAGCGAUGGUAAGUAAAUAAAUAAAUAAAUAUGUAUAUAUAUAUAUAUAGAGAGAGAGAGAGAGAGAGAGAGAGAGAGAGAGAGAGAGAGAGAGAGAGAGAGAGGAGCCGUUUUGUUUAAGGAUCUUGAUGUUCCUUAUUUAUAUUUUUCGUGCGCAGGCUCAUCCGUACUUCUCCCAAGUAAGGGCUGCAGAUAACAGCAGGAACCGCACCCAGUGA